AUGGCCCAUCCUAAUGACGACUCCGCUAUCCCUGCGCACAUUCCGGCCUUCGCAAAGCCGCUUGCUCCUUACAUCAAAAGUCGCCAGGAAGCCCUACGCAUCCGACAAGUCCUAACCUCCUACCUCCGAUCACAAAUUACAUUUGCCGAUGAUAAUCCAGAUUAUCCAAAUAUCCAUGCCCGAUCUCACCUCUCGUUAUGCGUACCUCAAGAUGCUGUUGUCGAUGUGAAGCGUAUUCCGUCAGAAUUGACGGGAUUAAGAAAGGAAUACCUACAAGCAUUGCAGGCAAAUGUGAAUGCAAGAAAGGAGUACCGUUUGGUAUCCGAGAGGUAUACUUCCAGGAAGCCACAGGGUCAACCUAAUGGUGGCAUCGACACACAUCCCGUUGAUCCCAACCCAGAACUCCAAGCUUAUCUUGAACUGCUCCGUGACCGUCGCCGACUUGCGAAGCUCCAAGUUUUUCAGCAUUAUCUGGAAGAGCUAAAGAAACGAGAUAUAAUGAAACCGGAGGACUUCGAUAGCGUAGUUUAUCGCAGCCAACAGUCCGCCCCGCCGCCAGAUUUGGACGAGGGUCAAAAUGGUUGCACCUCCGAGGAUGGAAUUGAGGGCUUGAUGCAUAAUCUUGAAAGGGCCGUGGUACGCGCGAGAAAUCAGCUAGAGAGAGAAAAGAAGCUACUCGAGGAGCUGAAGGCGCAGCACGAGGCCGAGGAUGGUUCUGACAAUGAUGGUAUUGCCUCUGGCGCGAAGGCCACUGCACUACAGCAAACCCGAGAUGUCUUGGUACAAUGGGUCGAGGAAAAGCUGGUGAGUGUUGGGAAUAAUGAGGAUGACCCUGUGCAGGAGUUGCCUCCCGAGGAAAUCGAGAAGUCGGCCCGUUUGCUGGAAGACCAGAAAGCACAGAUCGCAGAACAAUAUGCCGCCUACGUUGAUGCUCGCAAGCGUCUCCUUGAUGCAGCCUCUAGGGCGUGCCAACCCAUUGGUACCAGCUCUGCGACACCUGAAAGUCGCCCUACCGAGAAACGAAAACCUACUCCCGAGGAAACGCCAACGUUAGAGACAGUGGAUGUCCUAUCUUUCGCUGAUGAACAACUCCUCCCACUUUCAAAAUGCCAACGGGCGCUAGCUCUACAGAAAUUCUACCUGACCGGAACUCUCGCAAAAGAAAAAUCCACGACUCUGCGCAUCCUUAAUCGGCUGAGUGAUGAAAGUCACCUUCUUCCGGAAUACCCUAUGCUUGCUCGACAGCCACGAUUUAAACAUGCGGCUGCGGCUGUAAACGCCCGCCAUGCUAGUAUGCCAGUGGAGCCAGUUAAACCAGAUGAGGUUGUUGCACUAGCUGAAGCAUGGGCCUUUGCAUCGGAAGCGGCAGGGACGAGUGAACGGGAAAAUGUGGAACGCAACCUGGACGAAGGCAUCGAAACCGCCCAAGAAGCGGAGCAGGUUUUGCAAGAAGUCUACGAUAUAUUGAACCAGGAUCAAGAGGGGGUUUUGCGGAACAAGGUAGAUCAAGAUGAGGCAGAGCCAUCCAAGUCGCGCGCGAGACCAAGGGCUAAAGGACCAUGGUCUAAGCUUGACGGACAAAUAGGAGCUAUAGAAUGA